GGGAGGGUUUCGCGUCGCCGCCUCGCCUCGCCCGUGGAUCACUCGUAAGGUUCGCUUAGUGCGCCUAGAUUGCGCGAUUCUCUAGCUAGGGUUUGCGGCGCGGCCAUGGACGAUGAAGAUUUCCAGCUCGAGGACGAUGAGGAGGAAGAAGAAGGGGUAGAAGAUCUUGCCACGCCAGAGAACAGGAAGUCCGAGAAUGUGGCAGCGCUACUGAGGGGAGACUUGGUUGUGAAGCGACAGGCAUUGAUUCCAAAGGUUCUCACUGUCACAGACGGCGCUGCCGUGAUCAGGAGGCCUUUCAAGUCCCCGUGUCCUGGCGGGCAGAGCAACAGUGACGAGCUGCUUCGGCGCCUCUCCGCAAGGAAAAGAUUUGUUCCUUGGAAGAGACAGCCUCUACUUCCCUUGAGUCCCAAUGUUGAGACGCUGCCGAUUCAAGAGGAUCCCAGUGAAGGGAGUGUAGAGCUUCCGGAUGACUUCGAGCCUUUGGUGCUGUGGCAGCCUGAUGGAAACGAGGAUGGUGCGACUAUAGUGGUCGAUCCAAUUGUCGCGAAGUUCCUUCGACCACAUCAAAGGGAAGGCGUCCAGUUCAUGUUUGAGUGUGUAACUGGCCUUCGCGAGUUCUCAAAAGCUGGCGAUGCGGCUUGGUCUGGAUGCAUUCUCGCUGAUGACAUGGGGCUUGGGAAAACGUUGCAGUCUAUAACGCUUCUUUGGACAUUAUUGAGACAAGGUUUCCAAGGAUCGCCAAUAGCUAAGCGGAUUAUCAUUGUCACUCCCACCAGUCUGGUAAGUAACUGGGAGUCUGAGAUCAAGAAGUGGCUUGGUGGGCGCGCUAGCGUCAUUGCAAUUUGCGAGGCAUCACGUGCUGAAGUUCUUCAAGACGUGGCCAGUUUUCUUUCACCCAGGAAUGCAUUUCAGAUUCUUAUAAUUUCAUACGAAACCUUUAGAUUGCAUGCGGGCAAGUUUCAGAAAGAAGGUGCUUGUGAUCUUCUUAUUUGUGACGAAGCACACAGGCUGAAGAACGACCACACUCUAACAAAUCAAGCACUUGCUAGUCUUCAGUGCCAUAGGAGAGUUCUACUUUCUGGCACUCCAAUGCAGAAUGAUCUAGAAGAGUUUUACGCUAUGGUGAAUUUUACGAAUCCUGGCAUUCUAGGCGAGGUGGCUGCAUUUCGCCGGUAUUAUCAGAAUCCUAUUCUUCGCGGUCGUGAGCCUGAGGCUACAGAAGACGCAAGAAAACUAGGAUUGGAGCGCUCUGCGGAGCUAAGCGAGAAAGUCAAUCAAUUCAUACUUCGGCGUACGAAUGCACUUUUGUCCAACCAUCUUCCUCCCAAGAUCGUGGAGGUAGUUUGCUGCAAGCUGACAAACCUGCAACGAGAGCUGUAUACACACUUUAUACACUCAAAGAAUGUCCGUCUGGCAUUGCAAGACAAAGCAAAACGUGCUCGUGUCCUUGCAUCAAUUACGGCUUUGAAAAAGCUUUGCAGCCAUCCAAAGCUGAUAUAUGACACUGUUCGUGCGGGCGGAUCAGAAGCCGCUGGCUUUGAGAAUUGCAUGCAAUUUUUUCCGAAGGAGAUGCAGACUGGAAGAGGGACUCCUUCCGACGGAAGCUGGGUUAAGUUGUCUGGAAAAAUGUUUGUUCUAGCUCGUCUACUGGAGAAUCUACGGAAGAAAACAAACGAUAGGAUCGUGCUUGUAUCGAAUUAUACACAGACCUUGGAUCUCUUUGCUCAACUCUGUCGAGAACGGAACUAUCCCUAUGUAAGGCUUGAUGGAAGUACGUCGAUUGGGAAAAGGCAAAAGCUGGUGCAAAAGUUCAAUGAUCCGUCACAGAACGAAUUCGCUUUCCUACUGAGUAGCAAGGCCGGUGGAUGUGGAUUAAACUUGAUUGGCGGCAACCGGCUGGUUCUAUUUGAUCCUGAUUGGAAUCCGGCAAAUGACAAACAGGCAGCAGCGCGUGUUUGGAGAGAUGGCCAAAAGAAGCGUGUGUACAUCUAUCGAUUUUUAGCAACUGGUACAAUCGAAGAGAAGGUUUAUCAGCGUCAAAUGUCGAAGGAAGGACUUCAAAAGGUGAUCAGUGGCGACUCCAAAGCUGAGGUCAACGCGCUAUCCACAGAAGAUUUGAGGGAUCUGUUCACCCUUCGCGACAUAAGUUCUGAUACACAUGACACGCUUGAUUGUGAACGUUGCGAUGUUGAAAAUGUUCCAAAUGAACUAGCUAAUCAACUAGGUGAUAUAGGCGCUUUCGCUAAGACUGCCGGCUGUCUGGAGAGGCAAAGGCAUUGGGAGAAACAGAUAGGUGAGCCUGCCGAAGAGGACCUGAUACGCUGGGCUCACCAUUCGCACCCAUCAACAGUCCCUGAUGUCAUCUUGCAAUGGGCUGCUGGUGAAGAGGUUUCAUUCGUUUUUACGUGCCAAAUCGAUGGUAAAGUAGUUCCUAUAGACUCGAUUUUACCAUCAGCUGCCGCCGAGGAGGAGAGAGAUUCUACGAGAACGGCUAGAACCACGCUGCCGACGUUCGCGCAAAAAAGAAAGCUUGACAAGUCAGUAUUACAAGCCGCCUGUUUGCGUUCGCCGAAGAGGGUCUGCAUCGAUUUAGAAGUAAGUGAUUCCGACUGAGAGACAAGGAGGGAAGGGCCCCCUCUCCUCGAGAAGAUGCCGAGCAAAUUGCAAGCGUGCUGACGUCGGUGGCUUAUUCCCCUCGAUCGGCGUCUGAGGAUCGAGACGACGUAAAAGCUAUCCAGCCAGACGCUACAGUUUGGUUUGGUUUGAGGGGGCAGAUUCCUCAGUGUGUGGCUCUCUGCAACGAUGACCGACUAAUGCUACUGUUUAACUCCGGUGUCAGCUCAA